GGCAAAUAGUGUCAAGGCAUUUGAAUGACAUUGCCAUAGUGGUUGCUGUCAAUGUUGUUGCUGUUGUUUACGAUGCUGUUGUCGCUUUAAUCUUAUGAAGUUGCCCUCGGCAACAAUCGCGGUACAAUGUUUUGAGGCAUCUGAGGCAUCUGUGCGGUUGAGGUGUUUAAUCGAUAUACGCUUUAUCUUGGAUGCCACUGCCUAUCCGCUAGCCAGUUAUACUGCCAUACUGCCAAGGAUGACCCUUAGCAAGAAGCAUUAAGGCUUUCUA